UCUCCGCCCGACUUCAUCACAAUUUGGAGUACCUAGGUACCUUCCGCGAGUUGCCUUCAAACUCCUGACAAUUCUAUCUAUUUGAAACUAUUGGAUUUGUCCCCGGUUAGUAUUCCCGAGGUCAAUAAGUACUAGGUAUUGGACACGACAUUGUAACCAGGGACGAAGAUAUCCUAGCCUAGAAGGGUCGUCAAACAACAAGAUGUCAAGUACCGAAAUGCGGGGAGAACUAAUUUGGAAAGCGCGUGGUCAGCAACAGAGCAUAUCCGAAGAUCGUGUCGUUUUCCGCCCCGGAUAUACAUCCACCCCACACGUGGUAUAUGUUGGGGAGGUAGGAAAGAUGUUAUACAAAGUUUGGGUAGCUAUCAGACCCGAGAUGAUAAGCCAUGUCGGGUUUCUCAAACUACCUACAAAGCGGUAAUAUAUAUCCUCUUUAAGUCGCUCUCCCUUUUUCGUUUUCCGUGCUGUAGAUAUGUCUUUACCCUCUCUACCUUAUCUCCAGGAUCAGUAAAAUCAUGACCACCGUUCCCAUGAUGCCAGAGACGUCCCUCUGGGCGAAUCGAAAAUGUUUAAUUAUAUGCGCUACCGUGGCGAUAGCCAACAUGCAGUACGGUCUAGACUCGGCAGCGAUUGGAUCCCUCCAGGCGAUGCCUGGCUUCUUGGAAGUAUUUGGAUAUAAGGAUCCCAGCCAGCCAGCCGGGUACGCGAUUGAGGGAACUUUCCAAAGACUUAUCGGGUCGCUCUUAACUCUAGGUGCCUUUAUAUCCUCUCUUGUUGCUGGAGCGUUCGCCCAUUUCUUCGGUCGAAAAGUUGCGCUGUGGCUCGCAUGCGUUCUAAACGCGAUUGCAUGCAUUAUUCAGAUAUCGACGACGAAUAAAGUAGCGGUUUACAUUGGUAGACUUAUUCUUGGUCUUGCUAAUGGUUUUUUGGUAACUUUUUCAAAUAUUUACGCUCCGGCACACCUUCGGGCCGUUAUGGUUGCGCUCUUCUCAGAAUGGGUUAAUAUUGGGAGUAUAAUAGGUGCAGCGGUAACGAACGCUACUAAAAGCCGUUUAGAUAAAGCAUCUUACCAGAUCCCGCUGGGCACCCUUUUCAUCGUACCUGCCUUCCUAGCCUUAGGUCUCUUUCUCGUACCUGAAUCACCUCGAUAUUUAUUAUACAAAGGCAAGACGGAAGCUGCAAGACGGUCGUUAAAGACGCUUAGGGGCGAGUCCUUAUCUUCUGAGGCGUUUGAACUCGAAUGGGUUGAGAUGGUGAAAGGUAUCGAGGAAGAAAAACAAGCAGCCAGAACAAUUGGGCCACUAGAUAUGUUCAAGGGUACUGAGCUGAGACGCACACUUCUCUGCUACGGUAUCAUUGCGACGCAGACAGGAGCUGGUUCGUGGUUUAUGAUCAGCUACUCAACUUACUUCAUGAUUGUUGCCGGGUUGUCAGUAGACGACGCCUUCAAGUUCUCAGUUGUAAACACUUGCCUGGGGUUCAUCGGGGUCAAUUUUGGCAUGUACCUGAUGCGUCACGUCAUGGGGAGACGAACUGUCUUGAUGACCGGCGCUGUGGCUCAGGGAUGUGCGAUGCUGGGAAUGGCGGUCUCCGCAACCGUCGCCUACGGAACACUUUCGGCUCGAAACUGCGUUAUUGCUUUUAUCGCGCUGUAUCAAUUUUCGUAUAAUGCUUUCGUCGGAGACGCGACGUACCCUACUGCUACGGAGAUGGUGAGCACCAGAUUAAGAUCUUGGUCUGUAGGAUCAGCUAUCAGUCUAGGUUAUUUCCUCGCUUGGCUCACGGGGUUCUGCUCGCCGUAUUUCAUCAACCCCGAGGACCUCAAUUGGGGUGCUAAAUACGCUUAUAUAUGGGCUGGCUCGAACCUGUGUUGUUUGGUGUUCUUCUACCUUUGCGUCCCCGAAACCAAAGGUCGAACAUUGGAGGAGAUCGAUGAGUUAUUCAAUAACCGCGUAUCAGUCCGAAAUUUCAAGACGUUUCAGACGACGAUUAUCGCAGAAGCUUUCAAAGAUGUAAAAACCAGUGUCGGGAGAUCGGAGAACAGGUUGGCUAUUGCCGAGCAUUUUAAUCAACCAUAG